UACUUUGUUUUGAUUUGACCACUUCUUGUGCCUAUUUUGUUCUACUUCCUCUCCAUACAUUUUGCCUAUUUACUCUUAAAUAAUGACCAAAAAAUAGGUAUUAUACUAAUUAUGAAACUCCAAAAUUCUCUUCUUCUUCAAUCCUCUUCUCCUUCAACCCUUUCUUUUCUCUAUUCAUCUCCAAAAUCAAACAAAUGGGGUCAUAAAAAUCCAAACUUUAUUUGUAAACUUGUUCUUUUUAGCCCAAAGAAACUUAGGUCACAAUAUUUUGAGAAAAAUGACUCUAAAGGUUAUAGUAGCAUACAACCAUGUUGUUGUAGUUCAAGAUUUGGUGAAGAACAAUUUGAUGGUGAAGAGAUUGAAAGAGGGGAAAAUGAAGGGUCUUGUGCAAUUUUUGGGAGUAAAGAUUCAAUUUUUCCAUCAAAAUUUGAGUCUCUUGAGCCAAGUUUGCUUGGUAUUGAGCCAGAACCACCAUAUUGGCCAGAAAGGGAGGUAAUUUCAUGGGCACAUAUUGAACAAAAAGCUAAAAGUUUUGGACUUCCAUUGUCACUUAGAAUGAUGCAAAAGAAAUAUCAAUGGGAGUCUGGUAGAUUUAAAGACUUAAAGGCAACAAAUUCUUGCACAUCAAAGGCUUUUAAAUCUAUGGUGUUUAUUAUUGUGGAGUUGCAAACUUAUGCAUUGCAUAUGAGGGAAUCAAUGUGUAAUGAAGAUUUAGAAAUGAUUAUUGAUAAAGUGCAAGGGGAUAUGUAUGCAUCAUUUGUAUGUCUUUUUCGACAAGUAUUUUCGCAAACACCAAUGUUAAUGAUGUAUGUAAUGAUACUCUUGGCUAAUUUUAGUGUUCACUCUGCUUCGGGAGAGAAUUGUGAUCAAACAUAUCUAAAAGUUCAUUAUCCUGAUAUUGUUCCUCAAGAUGAGUCAAAAGUAGUGUGGAGUGAUGAAGAGAAAAAAUUGUGGGAUUCAAUACAAGAUGAAACUUUGAAUAUGAGGGAUCUAAAGGGUAUUGGCUUUGAUCAUGAAGUCAUGUCGAAGUUUGUUUCACCAUUGUCAGUGGAGAUUGAACCAGAUAAUAGUGUUGACUAUUAUAAGGCUGAUCUUGUUUAUCAGAUGAAUCUGACUCAUGAGCCUAAUAACACUCUUUUGCUAUGCAAUUAUGCACACUUUCUGAAAGUUUUCGUUCGAGAUAAUAAUAGGGCGGAGGAGUGCUUCAAGCGGGCAGUCCAAGUGGAACCACCGGAUGCAGAGGCCCUAUGUCAGUAUGCGAUCUUCUUGUGGAAGGUUAAGAACGACUUAUGGGGAGCCGAAGAAAGAUACCAACAGGCAGUGGCAGCUGAGCCUAGGAACUCUUUUUAUAGAUCUACAUAUGCCAAUUUCUUGUGGAGCACAGGCGGCGAGGAAACUUGUUUCCUUCCAACUUCCAAGUAGUACUUCUUCUAUCAUUAACAAAAAGGGUGAAGAAGUUUAGUCAUAGAGGAAAAAAUAUUGAUCAAGAAAUGCAUCAACUAAGGAGAAAAUGGGAAAUGGCUAUAUUAUUUGUUCUUGAUUUUCUAUGUCUAGAUCGAGUAUAGAGUGGUUUGCAUGGGAGCUGUUCACCAACAACAACAUCUACGGUUCAAUACCAAACAAGUUGAGGUCAGCUAUAUGAAUCUGUACUGUCAAAGAAAAUAUCAUAGUUCGGGAUCAAUUUUGUGGUCUAUAAUAAGUGAAUUGAGUUCUUAAAUUUUUGUAGAGUAGGGUAUUUUCAUCUAUUGACAGACUUCUUAUUAUUAGUA